GUGCUCUCGUAGAGAAACUGUCAAGAAACCAUCUUUCGUCAAAGCAGAUGCAAUUUCCUCUGCACUUGAUUAACAAAGAAAUAACACACAGCUCCUAUCGUUUUCCUUUUUGGUACUAUACGGAUUCAAAAUUUUCUAUUUUAAUAGGUUGAUCGAACGAUCGAAAACUCCUUUUUCGAGCUAUGUUCAAAUUCUGGAGUUCUCAAGAGGAACAAGCUCAGCCUCGUCCGGGAGAAGCUCCUACACAAUCUUGGUAUCCUCCAUCUGUAGUGAGUUCGCCUAAUUCCUCUCCACCUGUAACACCAAGUACUGGCUCUUCUAGUAAUUAUGGCUUACAACAAGCACAAUCUCCUUCACAUGUAUCGCCUGCUGAAGCGGCUGGUGUUAUUGCUCUUUUGAAGAAUAAAAGCGUUGAUGAGCUACGAAAGCUAUUAUCAGACAAGGAUGCAUACCAUCAAUUUUUGCACUCACUUGAUCAGGUUAAAAUUCAAAACAAUAUAAGAUAUGAGCUCCGCAAAGAAACUCUACAGCUGGCCAGAGAGAACUUGGAGAAGGAGCCACGCAUAAUGGAGUUAAGAAACCAGUGCAGAAUAAUACGGACAACUGAGUUAGCUGCUGCACAGGAGAAAUUAAAUGAAUUGGAAAAACAAAAAGAAGAGGUACUGAGGUCCUGCUCUCCUCAGUCCCUUCUCCAAAAGCUUCAAGAAGCAAUGAAUAAGACAGACGAGGAAUCUGAAGCCCUGCACAGACAGCUUCUUGAUAGGGAGAUAGAACUUGCAGCUUUUGUCCAGAAGUACAAAAAACUCCGGACAACUUAUCACAGACGAUCGCUUAUCCAUCUUGCAGCAAAAACAUCGUCAAUUGGAUGACUAGUUUUUUGAAAUGCAAAUACUGAGAAAAGAUGAUAUUCACUUCUGUAUUAAUAUUCUUAUGAGACUGAGCUUUUCGCAUGUUUGUAUAUCAUAUGAGUGGUUUUUUUGUUUCGUUAUGGUUUUGUUCUCUGAAGUUCUUAAUAAACGACUUCAACUGCA